CACCCCUGCCCGGCCUCGCGCGCCUCCCGCCCUCCCUCCCCGCAUUCCUGCCGCACACAAACGAGUCCCGCGCGCUGCUCUGUUUCUUUUCUCUUAUUUCCCCCCCGUUUCUUUCUUUUUUAAAUUCCCCAUUUUUGUCACGUCGGUUUUCUCUUUUUCUUCCUUCUUUCCUUUUCUUGUUCUUUGCUCGAAUUGCCCCCAAACUUUUCGCGCGAGAAAUUAAACGCGGCUCGGAUUUGUUUCGAAAAAGACGACGUUUUGUUUUGGAAAGCCGAGAGAGAGAGAGAGAGAGAGAGAGAGAGAGAGAGAGAGAGGAAAUUCCUCCGCCAUUGACUGCAAAAGGACCCUUCAACUUCACCAAGCACCUCGUGCGGAAACUUUGUUUAAACGACAGUUGUUGGUUUUUUUCCCUUAAAGGAAGCGUCGUUGUUGAUUUUGAGGAAUUAUGCACCGGGAGGAAAUCACGACAGAAACCUGAGGAAGAUGAUGAACCGACAAAGCGAGGGUUUCGGUGCCGUUACAGAGUGAAAUGCACGAGCUUUUUUUUUGUAUGUGCACCAGCAACACCGAUGGAUCGCUACUACGAAGAGGAUCCGGCACGCAGAGCGAGCGAGCUGAUGGAGAACCUGUCGCUGUGCGAGCCUUACCGGGACAUGAGAGCUGAGCUCGAGCCAGACGUGGACUUCGGGCUGCCUGAGCACAAGAGUAAGCGCGCGCACAGAGACGCCUUUUACGUGGACGACGCGUACUGUAGCGCGAGAUCCGAAGUUGCUUUGCCGUGCUACGGCGGCGGCGACCGGCACCGGAGAUCAUGCGUUCACGCGAGCCCCCGCUCGAGCCUCGCGGCGCCCGGGCAGCAGGAGAAGUGCGGAAGCCCUCGGUCGAGUCUCGCGCAUUGCGACGGCAGCGGCGCUCUCAGCCCGCGCUCGAGCUACGCGAGCACGUCCAGCGACGCCAGCAAGCCCUCGAGCCCGGGCUACGUCUAUGAGUGCGCGAGCAGACCGAGCAGCAACCGCACGAGCGGCGUCAGCAUGGGCUACGACCAGCGGCACGCGAGCCCUCGCUCCAGCAUCUGUGGUCCGAACAGUGCAGGACUAACCCUCAGCCCCAGGUCCAGCAUCUCGAGCCACAGCUCUAGGAGCUCGCGGAGCUCGCGUGGCUCCAUGGGCGCGUGCCCGGAGCUGCUGGUUGCCUCCUCGCCUCGCACCUCCCUGCUGGAAGACGCGCUGCUGCAGGACACCGGUGAAGCCAGCGUGCUUCACCGCGCGCACCUUCAUCCGUUCACUAUGCCGGAAGAGAUACACCACGGUGCCUCGGCGAGAGCUCGCGCCCCGGGUCCGAGACUGAAGCUGCCCUACCAGGUGACCCCUUCGCGAGACAGCGGCGCGAGCCAGGCGGAGAGGCGGCUCGAGGCCCUCACGCUCGAGCUGGAGAGGGAGCUGGAGAUGCACAUGAAGAAGGAAUAUUUCGGUAUUUGUGUAAAAUGCGGGAAAGGGGUGUAUGGAGCAAGUCAGGCCUGCCAGGCGAUGGGGAAACUCUACCAUACUAACUGUUUCACCUGCUGUUCAUGUGGGAGGAGACUGAGAGGAAAAGCAUUCUACAAUGUGAAUGGAAAAGUCUACUGUGAGGAGGACUUCCUGUAUUCCGGCUUCCAGCAGACGGCAGAGAAAUGCUUUGUGUGUGGACACCUCAUCAUGGAGAUGAUCCUCCAGGCUCUGGGGAAGUCCUACCACCCGGGUUGUUUCCGCUGUGUUGUGUGUAAGGAGGGACUAGACGGAGUCCCCUUUACUGUUGACGUUGAGAACAACAUCUACUGUGUUAAAGACUAUCACACAGUCUUUGCUCCAAAAUGUGCAUCGUGUGGUCAACCCAUCCUCCCAGCUGAGGGCUCAGAGGAGACCAUACGGGUCGUGUCCAUGGAUAAAGACUACCAUGUAGAGUGUUAUCACUGUGAGGACUGUGGCCUUCAGCUGACUGAUGAAGAGGGCCACCGCUGUUACCCGUUGGAGGGUCACCUGCUGUGCCAUGCCUGCCACCUCCACCGGUUAAAAGCUUCUGGUCCCUCCCAACCACCAACCAGCUAUCCGCUUCAUGUCACUGAGCUGUGAACACACACACACACAGACCAGACAGCGCCAUGGAGAGAGAUGUGUGUGACGUUUGUUGCUGCUCCAACCAUCCACACCUUCACUGAAACGAGGCACAGACAGACGGGAAACACACUCAGUUCCUGUCUCUUUUUCUGUCUCUCUCUGCAGCUGCACCCUGGAAUGAUGUCACAGACUCGAACUUUGACCCCCUGGUCCCUAACACUUGCAGGACACAACCAGCAUAUACAGCUACAUUCCGAGAAAGGAAAAGCCUUACAAGUGGCCUUUCACUGAAAAUCUCGCACUUAUUAUUAUUUUUUUUUCACUCAUUGCCUUCAAGUUGCACCAUUAAUAUCUGUAUGUGGUUUUGUAUUCAUAUAUACAGUAUGUGUGAUGUGAUGUGAUACUGG